GGGGGGAGACAGGACCUCUCGGAAGCCAGCUCCUAGGGAUCCAAGGGAGACCAGGACCCUCCGAAGCCAUGGCCCCCUCCCAUCCUGCUCUCCAGUCCUGCCUACGUCUCUGUUUCUGGUGUCUCCUUCCGAUGUCAGCAGUGUUGGCCCAGCGGGGCUCGCACACUCAGGCUGAGGACCGCCUGUUCAAACACCUGUUUGGAGGCUACAAUCGCUGGGCACGGCCAGUGCCCAACACUUCAGAUGUGGUCAUCGUGCGCUUUGGACUAUCCAUUGCCCAGCUUAUAGAUGUGGAUGAGAAGAAUCAAAUGAUGACCACCAAUGUCUGGUUAAAGCAGGAGUGGAAUGACUACAAACUGCGCUGGGACCCAGCUGAGUUUGGCAACAUCACCUCCCUCCGGGUCCCUUCAGAGAUGAUCUGGAUCCCAGACAUUGUCCUCUACAACAAUGCAGACGGGGAGUUUGCAGUGACCCACAUGACCAAGGCCCACGUCUUCUUCACGGGCACCGUGCACUGGGUGCCCCCGGCCAUCUACAAGAGCUCCUGCAGCAUCGACGUGACCUUCUUCCCCUUCGACCAGCAGAACUGUAAGAUGAAGUUUGGCUCCUGGACCUACGAUAAGGCCAAGAUCGACCUGGAGCAGAUGGAGCAGACGGUCGACCUGAAGGGCUACUGGGAAAGCGGCGAGUGGGCCAUUAUCAACGCCACCGGGACCUAUAACAGCAAGAAGUACGACUGCUGUGUGGAGAUCUACCCCGACGUCACCUACUACUUCGUUAUCCGCCGGCUGCCGCUCUUCUACACCAUCAACCUCAUCAUCCCGUGCCUGCUCAUCUCCUGCCUCACCGUGCUGGUCUUCUACCUGCCCUCCGAGUGCGGAGAGAAGAUCACGCUCUGCAUCUCGGUGCUGCUCUCGCUCACCGUCUUCCUGCUCCUCAUCACAGAGAUCAUCCCAUCCACCUCGCUGGUCAUCCCACUCAUCGGCGAGUACCUGCUCUUCACCAUGAUCUUCGUCACCCUCUCCAUCGUCAUCACGGUCUUCGUGCUCAAUGUACACCACCGCUCCCCCAGCACCCACAACAUGCCCACGUGGGUGAGGGUGGCCCUGCUAGGCCGGGUGCCCCGCUGGCUGAUGAUGAACCGGCCCCUGCCACCUGUGGAGCUCCGUGACUCUCCGGGUCUGAAGCUCAGUCCUACUUAUCACUGGCUGGAGACCAACACAGAUGCUGAAGAAAGGGAGGAGACAGAGGAAGAGGAGGAGGAGGAAGAUAUAUGUAUGUGUGGAGGUCUCCCAGACUCCCCUGUGGGUGUCCUCUAUGGCCAUGGCAACCUGCAUCUGAGGACCCUGGGGCCUGAGGCCAAGGCUCCAUCACAGGAUAGCGAGAUCAUGCUGUCACCUCAGAUACAGAAGGCACUAGAAGACGUUCACUACAUUGCUGACCACCUGAGGUCUGAGGAUGCUGACUCUUCGGUGAAGGAAGACUGGAAGUAUGUGGCCAUGGUGGUAGAUCGGAUAUUCCUCUGGCUGUUCAUUAUCGUCUGCUUCCUGGGGACCAUUGGGCUCUUCCUUCCUCCAUUCUUGGCUGGAAUGAUCUGAUUUUAUGUCCUCUAUGUUGGCUCCAAGGUGGCCUUGACAACCAUCUUCUGGUCUUCUCUAACUGGAGCCAUCUCUAGCAUGUUCUUUUGGGUCAAUACCAUCUGUCUGCUAUGUUCCUAUGAGGCUCCCCAACUAGUCUGGACUUCAGAUCCUCUUUGGAACAGCUCACAGUGACAUUGUUGUGCCAGGUGCUGAGACCACUCAACACGAUCCCUGUUUGGGGAUGCUGAGAAAGGGUGAAGGCAUUUCCUCUGCGGAAGGUGACGAUAUGGCAGUGACUUGAGGGAGGACAAGAUAUUCCUGAAAGAGCGAUAGGAACUGUAUAUGAACCAAAGCAUCGAACAAAGGGAUAGAGGGGUCAGACCAGGGCAAAGAGAAAUAGAACAGCGCCCCAAAGAUGGGGACUUGGGGACAAAGGGAGCACCUGGUGCGGGAGAGCUCUGAACAGCACUUUGGAUUCAGCGUCAGAGAGAACAACUUGGGACGGGGAGCCUGGGAAGGCAGGUUGGGGUAUCUUUAAUCCGGACUGAGGAUGAAGUUCAGCGUCUUCUCGGAACCUGUCUCUGUGUGUUUUGUGAGGUAAUAUCAGUGGCACAAGGCUAUUUCCAGAAGGAGUGAGGCACAAGAGUUCUCAACCUGAAGGUCUUGACCCCUUUUACUUAUCAGAUAUUCUGCAUAUCAGGUGUUUAUAUUAUGAUUCCUAACAAUAACAAAAUUAC